AAGGAUUUCAGAGUCAUAGCAUUUUUAGCUGCUACCCUUGCACUGAAGUCCUGACCGGAUGCAGUGUUCCUGGAGUGAGUCCCAGCUGUUGCCAGGCAACUGACAACCAUUUGUAAAUAAACACCAGAGACCUCUUCCCUGGAAGACUGACCAAAGCAAAAUGAGGUAUCAUUUCAUUUGGUAGCUAUUGUGUUUCUCUUAACAAAUCUAUGCAAAAUGUCCUACAGUAACAACUGUUGGUAGACAUGAGCUCAAACAAGCUUUCUGCUGUGUUAGAGGAGCAGAUUCACCGCCUGUGUCUAAAUGACUUUCCAUGUGGACAUGGCACCUGGAGAAAGACCAAAGACAGUAGAGAGGGAGCAAAGACAGAGGAGACAGACGCCCUCCUGGAUCUUCUAAGCUGCCCUCACUCUCCGUGGCAGCACGAUGAAUCAUGGAGCCCUCAAGCUCCGGCCCUGAGACAGCUGGCAGUGCUCACACCUGAACGCCUGCACACAGACUUCAUUUACAAUUACUUUAUUACAUUUCGCAUCGUGGACAAGGACGUAACAGUCAUCGAUGAUGGCCUGUUAAAGUUCUCAAAGCUGGAGGAAUUGGUGCUGAGUGCCAACAAAAUCUCAGACAUCCCUGCAGAAAACCUUCCCAGCACUUUAAAGAUUUUGGAGCUACGUGCAAACCAGUUGUCUGCUCUAAACAGUCUUAACAACAGCUUGCCUCCUCGCCUACAGUACCUCGGCCUCGGCUCAAACAGUCUGGGUUCCUAUGACGAUGUCUGUUAUCUUACAGGAAGACACUGGCCACAGCUGGUGUGUCUGGACCUAAGUGACUGUGAGUUUCAGGACCAGCAGUCCCUGCUGAAGGCCUUGAGCACGCUCCCCUGCCUCAGGACGCUGGUGCUGGAGGGAAACCCCUUCACUCUUGCUCCCUGCUACCCGGGUUUCACUGUGGACAGUCUCCCACAGCUCUCUUGUCUGGACGGCUCAUGGAUCUCCCCUGAGGAAAGACAUUGUUUUAGGGGCUUGGCCAAGAAGAGUGAUCUGAUAGUGGACCGGGCAUCAGCCACAGUGAGUGUGGGCAGGAUGAGAGGAAUCCCAGACCCACUGAUGAGUGUGGAUGAAAACGCUCCUGACUUCCCUGUUAUCACCUACAGCUAUUUUAUCACAUACGAGUUCCUUAGUCAUCAAACUGUUAACCUGGUGACGUAUCCUUCCUACACUUUUCCAGCUCUUUACAUGUCUAACUUCGACAGUGAGUGGAAAUUUGACGCUGCACAUGUAACAGAAGACUGCUUCAGUGAUGCUGACCUACAAUCAAACAAAAAUUGUGAAAAAGAAUCGUCCAAACCAGACACACAAGACUUGACGGUGUAUACUGGGGAAACCUGCCAUGAUUUUGCACAUGUGUCAAGACACAGCACAUCAAAGCUGACAUGGUCAGAGUGCAUGGCCUUCAGUGACACACAAACAUACAUUGUUAAUGAUCUGGGAGGCUUAAAGAGAUUCUUCAAUCAAGGACUUUAUCUUACGAUAGAGGAGGAAAAGGUCCUGUCAUGGCCUGCAGCCUCUGAAGACAUCCCAGUGGCCAAACCCAGCCAAACUGUAAAAGAGAAGAAAGGCGGGAAAGAGAAAGAAUCGCCAAUCAAAUCUGGUUCCACCAAAGACAAGUCAAAAGACAAAAAGAAGAAAUCUGUACCAGAGCUGGUCCAGGAUGCCCCCAUCAGAAGAGUCCUUGGCUCUGUCCACGUCCCCCUGCAAAGCCUGGUCAGAAGAGGUCAAAAGGUUGAGGUCCUCUGUGAACUUGCUGCUCUACACACUGAGUCUGAGGUGGAAGCUACACAAACACUUGAAAAGGAUCUGGGAAAGAAAACCAAAGAGGACAAGGAAUCAAAGCAGAGAGGAGGCAGCAGUACUAAACAGAAGAAUACAGCAACUUCAAAAGGCAAAGGAAAGGGAAGGAAAGAAUGCGAGGAGAUGGAUGUCCACACAGACAACUCUGUGUUCGCCCACCUAAAACUGAUGACUGUGGAGUUGAGUGUGGAGCUGGAGAAAUGGCAGUCUGCAUCUGAAGCUCAACUUCUGCUCCCACACCAAAACUCCUAAAGCAAACUUGGCUUGCUUACUUAUUUUCAGUUUGAGCUACUGUACACCGUGGAACCAUUUAUCUCCAAACCAGUCCAGUCCUAGUUCAACUCAAGAUGAUGCAAUUAUAAGGCGAGCACUGCAACAAGCUGAAUAGACAUGUAAAAGUGCAGUCUAAAACAUGCUGUCGAACCUUCCUUUAAUAGCGACUUUAAUGAUUGUGCAUUGCACCCAGUCAUAAACAUCAUAAGCAGUGUGAAUAGUGCUUUCAAAUGAACAAUCAAUACAGAGAUGUUUCAUUUUAAAUGUAUACAUAAAUUUAAUUUAUUUUAUACAGAUAUUCAAAACAUUUUCAAAGAAUUGCCUAUGUAUUUCAUUGUUUCAUACAGAGAGUAUCUUAAUUUCAAAGAAACCUUUUGGAAAGGCCAUUUCACUGGAACGGAAGGGUUACAGUAGGUGUGAAGUGCUUUAAGUUUCACCGCUUCUUUUUUUAAACAAUCACCCAUCAGUUCCUUCAUGAAGACCGUAAAAAAAGUUCCUAAAGCCAAACAGCCCUGGUCUACUCCAGGCAAGAGUGAGAAAAUCUCUCCCCUGCGAUUACCCUUCACAAAAUUACACACAUACCAUCAAACCUUUAAGUACAUAUAGUAUUUCCAGGCAUAAAAAAAUAAACUAUAGCUCAC